UCUGCCCCAGCAGAAAAAGGAAGAGACACACACCUCGCUUUUCUUGCUUUGCUCCGUCCGCUAAUCCCACAGCUUCGCGAGCACCACACCAACAACACCAGUAGUGCACAGUAGCUGCUGCGGCUUCUGAGUUCUUAAUUCCGAUCGAUCAAGAACAAACAAGAUCGAAGCCAUUUCCGUGGUGGUCGGGGUGUCAAUUCGAAGAUGAACGCGCCGAACUCGUGGCUGUUCGCGGACAACUCGAGGUACAGCACCCGGUCGCGGCUGCUGUUCAUGGGCCUCUCCUUCACCAUCGGCAUCCUCACCUUCCUCAUCUACCUCGCCAUCUGGUACACCUGCAGCCGCAGCCGCCGCCACCGCCAGCGCGGCGUCGCCGACAUCGAGGCUGCCGCUGCCGCCGCCGCUGCCGCCGCCGCGUGCGACGCGAGCGGCAUGAGCGCGGCCGCGGUCGCCGCGCUCCCGACGUUCGCCUACGAGGCCGAGCAGCCGGCCGCGGACUGCGCGGUGUGCCUCGGGCAGCUGGAGGCCGGCGAGAAGGUGCGGCGGCUGCCCAAGUGCGCGCACCUGUUCCACGCCGACUGCGUCGACGCCUGGCUGCGCGCGCAUUCCACGUGCCCCAUGUGCCGCGCCGCCGUCGAAGGCCCCGCCGCCGCCGCCUCUUCCAAGAAGGGCGCCGCCGCAAACACUGACGCCAACACCACCCCGGCGGCGGCGGCGGAGGAGGCGCUGCCACCUGUCUAAGCGUACGGCCGUGGGAAGAAGAGUGAACUGAACCAGCAUGAUUGGAGAAUUGAUAGUACUACUAGCUACGUACAGUGAUCGAUCGGCUAGCUUAGGACGUUUAGUACUAGAGGCCUAAUCGGGGAGAUUUGUCAUUUAAUUAUUGGUUUCGUGCGUGCGUGCGUGCGUGUACGCUGUACAGGGCGUAUCUGUGACGUCGGUUGUGCUAGUACUCCUAGCUGCUGAGCUGUGGUCUGAAUUUUGAUUCGAGUGAAAUGAAUGAAUCUAGCUUCUAGUUCUAGUCC